GAUAGUGCCGGACAGUACCUGUGGACUUGCCAGCGCCGCCCGCCUCUCUGCAAAUUGGGCCCAUACUUGUCAAUUGGGACCCGGCGAUUUUUCUCUCUCAACCUCCCAGGACAAGCUCGCCGCAGCUCCCCUUCAACGUCGCCGCCCUCUACCGCAGAGCUGCCCACCCGUGUGGCCAUCACCAUUCCUUCGUCGCCGACUCGUAUCGCUCCUGCAGUUGCCGCACACAAUCAGGCACCGCCAGCAACGCCAUCAUGUUCUCGCGUGCCCUCAGAGCCCCAAGGGCUGCUGCGCCCUUCCGCGCCGCCAUCGCCCGCCGCCCAGCGGCUCUGCGCACCGUCACCACCAACGCCGCCUCGUCCCACGCCGAAAAGGCCGACGUCCCCGAUGCCGACGACAAGCCUUUCCAGGUGACCCUCAGCGAUGAGAGCUUCGAGACCUACGAGCUCGACCCCCCUUCGUACACCAUGGAUGUCACCAAGAAGGAGCUCAAGCAAAUGUACUACGACAUGGUCGUCACCAGGCAAAUGGAGAUGGCCGCCGACAGACUGUACAAGGAGAAGAAGAUCCGCGGUUUCUGCCACUUGUCCACUGGCCAAGAGGCUGUCGCUGUUGGUAUUGAGCACGCUCUGACCAAGGAGGACGAUAUCAUCACCGCCUACCGCUGCCACGGUUUUGCGCUCAUGCGUGGUGGCUCUGUUCGUUCCAUUAUCGGCGAGCUUCUCGGUCGCCGUGAGGGUAUCGCCUACGGCAAAGGCGGUUCUAUGCACAUGUUCACCAAGGGCUUCUAUGGAGGCAACGGUAUCGUCGGUGCUCAAGUGCCCGUCGGCGCCGGCCUUGCCUUUGCCCACAAGUACAUGGGCCGCAAGAACACCACUGUCAUUCUUUACGGUGACGGUGCUAGCAACCAGGGUCAGGUCUUUGAGGCUUUCAACAUGGCCAAGCUCUGGGGUAUCCCUGCCCUGUUCGGCUGCGAGAGUAUGUGCUUCUACAACAAGUACGGUAUGGGUACCGCUGCUGCCCGCUCGUCCGCUCUCACCGAUUACUACAAGCGUGGACAGUACAUCCCUGGCCUCAAGGUCAACGGCAUGGACGUCCUCGCCGUCAAGGCUGCCGUCAAGGCCGCCAAGGAGUGGGCUGUCAGCGGCAAUGGUCCUCUGGUUCUCGAGUACGUCACCUACAGGUACGGCGGCCACUCCAUGUCCGACCCCGGCACCACCUACCGUACCCGCGAGGAGAUCCAGCGCAUGCGGUCUACCAACGACCCCAUUGCCGGUCUCAAGCAGAAGAUUAUCGACUGGGGCGUCUGCGCCGAGGACGAGCUCAAGGGCAUCGACAAGGAGGCCCGCAAGCACGUCAACGAGGAGGUUGCCAUCGCCGAGGCCAUGGCCAUCCCUGAGACCACCCCUCAAAUCCUCUUCGAGGACAUUUACGUCCGUGGUACUGAGCCUCAGUACAUGCGCGGCCGCACGACUGACGAGGACUACUACUUCUCCAAGUGAGGAGGAGGAUAGUCCCCGCAGGUCGAAGAGGCAUAAAAGACUGUAUGAAGUGGAUGGGACAAUGUGCAUCUGAAAGCAUGGUUGCGGGAAUCAAACUGGCGUUUCACUCUUCUAUGUCUGUAGUAUACCGUAGACGGGUCUGGCUCAAAGGGAAAGUCCCAACAGGAAGAUUUUUAAUAUGACACAUGAACUCAAGAUCGUAGCUCUCGAGGCGCUGUAAAGUGGUUGUGUCCAGCUCACCCAUUCCUUGACAUUUGCAAUUUUCCAACGGGACCUGGGCUGGC